AUCGCGCUCCCAACGUGCUUCUCCUCUAACAAGCUCACUACACACAAAGAACAUCCCAAAAAUGAGAGCAGGAAGGGAUUUGUUUCUUAUUCAAGACAGUAAGAAUCAAAUUUAUGAAUGAUUUACGCCUGGGGUCGAGGGCUUGAUGCAAAUGAGCAUAAAGGAAGUUGUCAGCAGCAUCAUGCUCUGGCCAAUGGUAGGAAAGCUCCAUCUUAGCUGUGCCAUAGGCUGCGUUAAAAAAAGGCACCAGAACAGCGCUCUUUCAGCAUCCUUUCAGACAAGAGGUAGCCCCCAUAACAGUGACAGUGAGCACGCUAAGACAACUCUUCAAGAAUGGCAACCCUCAACACUACGCACUGGAAUGAGACUACAUCCAUUUCCCAGUAUCUGGGCUUUCAAGUGCAAAAAAUUUACCCUUUCCAUGAUAACUGGAACACUGCCUGCUUUAUUAUUCUGAUCAUAUUCAUCUUUACAGUAGUUUCUCUGGUGGUGUUGGCUUUCCUCUAUGAACUGCUAGACUGUUGCUGCUGUGUGAAAAAUAAAACUGUGAAAGACUUGGAGAAUGAACCCAAUCCUGUUAGAGCAAUGAUGAACAGCUUCAGGAAGCAUGAAACAGAGGUGGUGUAGUAAGGACUGAACAUCAGCAUUUGAAGAAUGUUUAACACCUUGAAUGAAGCCUCCUGUACCUUACAAAUGAGCAAGUCACAUGCUUUUUUUUCUUUUGGACUUAAAUAUAACAGCAAGAGUUAUCAUUUUAUCUCUGGAUGUGAACUUGAAUAAUUAGCAAAGGGUUAGCAGAACCAUGAUCUGUUGCAAUGUUAUGGGGGAAGAAAAAAUUUUUGUUUAUAAAUGAACUUUUGUUGUUUACAUUGAUUUACUAGCAUAGAUCUUUGUCUACCUGAAAGAACAAAUGUUGCCUAACGCAUAAAAUCGUGUUGCUUAACUGGAGAAAAUAUUUAUAAAAAUGCUAAACAAUCUGAUCAUACACAGGGCAAAGACACAGCAGUGUCCUCCCACUGAGGUCAACCACACAGACACAGGAAAGACAUACAAGGGAUGAGAAAAAAUGUAUGAGAUAGAAGGGUUGAAUGGCAAGAGACCCCAUGAGACAGAGAGGUUUACGGGAAUUCUUGCCUUCGGCAGCUCUUAUUACAGGUUUCUUACUUUCAGAAGAGAGGGUGGUGGGACAAAAUUAAGCCAACGUGAAACGUAUCCCUAAAAUGGUCUUUUCUAACCUUCUGUGGUACAAUCUGCCCCCUUCUCCAGUUUCAGGGGGCAGGUCUCCCCUUACUUCAUAUUCAACCCGUUUAAUAACUUCUGGGUAUCGAGACGUGACUAAUGCACUACCUUAAGAAUAUCUGACUAUUUUUACAAAAGCAUACUGCAGUGGUACUAUGUUCUAGAAGAAACAGGGACAUUUUUCUGCCCAAGGCUGCUGCCUCUAUGGUAACAACACUACAGGGAGUCAGACAUGCUGGAUAUAUCAUCUUAACUUUUCAGAGCUGAACUGGAGCUGACCGAGUUCUUGCCAAGCAACACAAGCAAAUGGGUUGCAGACCUCCCACAUCAAUGACAGUGAUUUUGCUCAGCCUGCAUGCAGCUUUCAGGUGUCGACAUGCUUCACAAAAGAGGCCACACCAGGAUAAGCUGCCCUGCACUAGAGACAGAGGGAUGGAUGCACAGUGAGAAGUGACUUCAUUUUGCACAAGAGAAUCUCAGCUUCCUUCAUCAGCCUGACGAUGCAUCCCAGAGAGUUCACCCUCACAGCUUUCUCGCAAACUGACCAGACCGUGUAACACUCAGACCUCUAUCUCACCAGAGUAUUUUUCUUCUGGAGCUGUGUUGUGACUAUGGUUUUUAAAACCAUGGAAGUUCCACAGUUACAAAUUACAAGUGUAAUAAUGUCGUCCAACAGCAUGGUCAUCAGUAAUGCUGGGUAAGUCUUUCACACUCCUGAACCCAGAGAAGUAGGCCAGAAAGAAACAUCUCAGACCAAAGCUACAUGUGGGACGAGAUAUUUAACUAUAUAAAACACAAAUAAUACUCCUGUCACUAGGUAAACAAAACCCACCUAAUGGCCAAACGGACAAGUAAGCUAUAACACUGAUCUCGGAGUCUAUCCAUGUCAGAAAUACCUUUCUGUUAAUGGCCAGUAUCUCUAAUUAUCUCUCUUUUUUUUUUAAAAAAAAAAAAUACAUAAACUCCCUGUAUCAGAUCAGUAUGCCUAAACUCCAGAAGAUCUGGAUACAAUGAAGGACUUGCUAAUAUGACUCAUGCUCUUCCUGGUUGGUGAGAUGGACAAGACAAGACAACCAGACCACUACUAACCAGCACAACUAGUCCAGUGAUUCACCUGGAGAAGCAAUCUGCCUUCUGCAAUCACAAAACAACACAACUACUGCUGCAACCAUUCAUCUCAGAUACACUUGUUACAGUGAAGUAAUGUCAGUACCAGUCCCAUGUGAAGAUGUUUUCAGCUAAAAAAUCAAAUUAUAAGCACAAUUCAUGGAAUUUGACGCCCCAGGUACAAGACAACUUAGCAUUCACACCAAGACAUACAAUGAGGAUAAUACUAGUGAUGAUAAUGCCCUCCACUGUCAGGGACACUGAGUAGAUGCCUCUACUUUCUGCUGCAUUUGACAGUAUCAAGCCCUGAAAGACUGGUGUCCUGCUUAACAGAGGCAAAAGUAGUCAUCGUGAUGCACUGAAUUAACUAACAUGCCUCUUUUUCCUGAAAGCAAACACUCCAAACAGCAGGACUGCUGUCCACUUGCAGUGUUCCUACAAAACAAUCAUCGUGGAUGCACACAAGAAGGCAGUGUGCAGGAAGUAACCAAGGCUAGCCUCUACCACAACUGGCUUCAUGUCAUUAUGCCUUCCUGAGAAGCACACACAACAAAAAAUCUUGGGACUCACUCCAGCUACUUAUUUCACAGAUCUAAAAAGGGAGCUGGGUAUCUGCACAAGGAACAGAAGACAAAGAUCUUCCCUUGCACACCCCUAGAGCCUCAGGGUGACUCUUUCCUACAUGUAGAUUAAGUUGUGAAACAGCUCCUGGAGAUUCAACUCUUGAUUACUGUUGGCUAAGACCAUCAAGACUAAGGUUUUCAGAUAAAGAGUAAGACCUUAGCCACAACUUACUAUUCAUUAAUAAAAAUAAAUA